AUGCCGCGGCUUGGCGCCGUCCAAAUAGGCAGCUGGUGGCCCGCCGCGUGGUUGGCGCCGAGACCGGGCUCUGGGCGUGCGGGGAUUGAGCCACUCCGGUGGCCGCGCGCCGAUAGAGCCAGCUGCGUCAUUGCCCAGCGCCAAGAGAGCCACCAAGACCCCGGCGGCUUCCUCCGCAUCCUCCCAAGGCGCGCAAACCAGGUUGGGCCCCGCGCACGCGACAUGUCUCUGCUCUGGGCUGGCAGCGGCUGCUCCGGCGUGGCGGCUGGGCGGUCGAUCCUGUCGCGGUCGUGCGACGCGGCCUGCUAA